AUGGUCCAAUUGCAGAAUAACCAAAAACAGAACAUUUGGGACUUACUUGAGGUGACUUUUUAUCACAGACAGAACGGCAGACGCAGCUGUGGAGACCAGUCAUCCUUCACAUGUGGCAGUGGAGUGUGCACGAGCUUCAACAAGUCCAGCGUCCUGCAAACAGACCAUGAUACCACCGGCAAGGGCAGGUGGUGCCAGUCUGAAGGUCACACCACAGCGACCAUCUUAACCAAUAAGAGCUCCUUUUCUCUGAGUGACUCGGGCUGCUGCUGGGGGUCAAAUGUCGACGGGAAAACAAACUGGACGGCUCACGCAGAGUUGGACCUGGGAAGCCGAUCUGACUCACACGCCCUCAACGGCUGUCCUGUGACGACCACAGUGUCCUCUUUACGGACGCCUCAGAACUGCUUUACAAGGCUUCAUCUGCUGGCACACGAUCCAGACGGAGAUCACGUGAGAUGUCGUUUUGCAACAGACGCCGCACCUCCUGCAAACUUCACUGUGGACGAGACUACCUGCACACUGAGAACUUCAGGUCAAGUGGGCGUUGGCGUCCACGUGUUCGAGGUGAUGCUGGAGGACUUUUCCAGGAAAAACAUCACUUUGACCUACGCUGAUGGAACUUCAGUGUUUCGGGAGGCCUCCGACACGAAUUCACCUCCUCUCUGCAAAGUGAAGCUGCAGUUCUCCAUGGAGAUCCUUCCUCCUAUACCGAGCUGUGAGGCCGGUCACGUCCAGCCCAUGUUCUUGUCCAGGACUCCGUCACAUGGCGCUGUUCUUUACGCCUCUGUGGGUCAGAACUUCCAGCUUCAUGCCCAAGCACAGGCUCACCAUGCCAGCAUACACGACUUCCAGGUCAGCGGGCCGCAGAACAUGAGCAAAGAGUUCAGAGAUGAGAAGUUUGGAAAAGCUGAAGUGAUUCUGAGCUGGACGCCACAGCACAGCGACGUGUACAGAUUUGUGCCAGUCUGCUUCACCGCAGAGACAAAUGAAAGCCAAUCAGACAUGAGGUGUGUUAUCGUCAUGGUGACCCAAGCUGCUCUCGUUCAAGGUAAGGCCACAGUCAAAUGCUCCCCCAACAAGAUGAUGGUGAUCCUCGACGAAGCUUCCAUGCCCGGCAUUGACGUGAACUUCCUGAAGCUGAGAGACCCGACGUGCUCUCUCACCUCCAAUGGCACCCACAUCACGGGCACCAUGUCGUUCAGCACCUGCGGCACAAGACUGGAGGACAAAGGGGACGUUCUCUCUUUCACCAAUGAGAUCAUCUCCUUUGAGCUGCCCAACGAGGUCAUAGUCCGAAGGAAGUCCGUUAAGAUCGACAUCGCCUGCCAGUUUCCCAAAACCAUCAGCAUCUCCAGCUACUACAAUCUCCACAAGUCUGACUACAUUUUCACCGAGUCCAGCUUCGGCAGCUUCAGCUACACUUUUGAGGUCUACUCCGACGGCAACUUCACCAACAAGGUGCCGGCCAGCGCCUAUCCGGUGGAGGUCAUGCUGCUGGAGACCAUUUAUAUGGGCAUUCAGGCUGAAUCAGAUCUACCGAAUGUGAAUCUGUUUGUGGAGUCAUGCAAAGCCACUCCUGAUGACAACCCUGAAAACACCCUCAACUAUGACCUCAUCAAGAACGGGUGUCUGCAGGAUGAAACGAUUAAAGUCCAUCCAUCUGAUCCAACUUCUUACAACUUUGAGGUUCAAGCCUUUAAAUUUACGGGAAACUAUGACCAGGUGUACAUCACCUGCUCCGUCAUCCUGUGCGAGCCUGGCAGUGCCUUCUCCAGAUGUGCUCAGGGUUGUCUGCAGAGUCCGUCCCGCAGACGCAGACGAUCGCUGAGCAGGGAGACCAGCGAGCACUACAUUACCCAGGGUCCUUUGCAGUUUGUCAAGCCACCUGUUCCCGUUGCAGCUGCGGACGACAACGAGCUCGAUGCUGUGAUGAAGAACAUUGACCCGCCCACUGCUGCAGUCGACCCUCCACCAGUGAUCCCAGUCACCAAAGCCGGAGGAGGAGGAGGAGGAGGAGGAGGAGGAAGAGGAGGAGGAGGAGGAAGAGGAGGAAGGUGGGGGGUGGUGGAGGUCCUGAGCACCAACAUGAGCACUGUGGGAUUUUGCAGCGCCUUCAUCGUGUCGCUGGUGCUGAUGGCUGUGGCCGUUCGUCACUUCAGCAGGAAGAGAAAAGCUGAAGACCAGAGUUCGCUCCUGGUGUCAGGCUGGGAGAACUAAACACACAGCGUCAGCACUUAUCACACUCCUCCUCCUCCUCCUCCUCCUCCUCCUCUCACCAGCUGUUCAAAGUUUCCUUAUUAACAUGUUUUCCACCUCCACGACCCAGCCACUAAAAUAAAUACACCUUUCUGCAAACCACAACAUGUUACGUUUGUACGUUUCAUAUUUAAUAUUCCAUUUUACGUUACAACUCUGUGGUUAACGUGCGGUUAUGUUUCGGCACAAACCGUCAUGUUCUGGUGAAAAGAACAUCAUGUGUUGCCUUGAAACAUCUAACACGACUGGAAAUGUCCCGCCAUCCACCGUCCUCUCCUCCUGAUGACACACUCAGCUCAGACACAUGUGAUCUGAAAUAUAUGAAAUGUAAAAAUGAAACAUAUCUGUGGUUUGCAGAAACGUACAGUGCAAACGUUUUGUUCAGGUGACUGGGCUGUUGGAGCUGCAGUGGGAGGACGGCAACACAGAGAGGACAUUUAGCAUUAAAAAUGACAUUCAGUAACGCUGAAAGAUGCUCGUAUGAUAUGAUUAUGGGGUCACAUGUCAUUAUCUGUCUACGCUCUUGUUUCUGGCCUCUCCAGUAGAAUAAAGGCACAGGCCAUCAGGAUCAGCUUAACCUUAAAAUGAAGUACAUCGUUGGAGCUCUGUUUCGUACAUAUAAAAGCUUUUGUUGAAUGCUUCUCUGAACUUUGGUCUCUAUUUGUGGCUGUUGGCUCACCUAACACGUUUCAGACGAGUUAUAAGAACACAAAGAGUUAUAGCUGCUGCUGUCUAAACGUCUCUGUCUGGUUCUGCAGGAUUUUUUUCGAUGCUUCUGUUCUGCUGUGAACAUGUAAAAGGUUCCCGGCAAUCAGCUUCAGUUUGUUUGGUUAAAGGAGCAGCAUGAAGAAUUAAGAGGAAUUCAAAUUACUGCCUAAUAAAAUACCUGUCCUCCUCUCACCGCUCCCUUUACUAACGUGUUAGAGAAACUACAGACGAGUGAGCGCGCCCACAUCAACCUGUGACAGGGAGGCUACGCUGUGACAAAGAAAUACAUAAAUGAAUUAAAAAAAAAGGUCAAAUAACUGUCAGACAAAAAAACAAAACAAAAACAGAAAAUUGAAGUAAAAUAUCCUGUUUCAAAUAAAAAAUAAUAAAUUUCAAAUCCAACAAAAAUCUAAUUUUAUAGAAAUUUUCAUUAAAGUGAAAAACUGUUAGGCUUCCAAACAAAACUGUGAUAUCAAAGUAAAAUACUUUCAAAUUUACAGAAAGUUUAAUUAAAGGUUUUUUCCUUAAAUAUUGGGCUCAAACACUUUGGAUGAGGUGCAACAGUCCAAUGACUGACAGCAGCAGCUUCUAAACAAAACUGUGAAAUUAAAGUAAAAUGGUCUUAAUUUAUAGUGGAGAAAUAAAUCUACAGAAAUGUUUAUUAAAGUUUUUUCUGCAUAUGAAAGCCCUCACUAGAAUCUACCAAAAAACUAAUUUUACAUCAAUUUUCUCUGAAAGUUUUGCAGAGAAACUUUGAUUUUACUGAUUUCCUUAAAUAUUAUGAUCAAACACCUUCAAUAAAGUGGAAAACAGUCGAGUAAAAUAUAAGUCAAAUAAUGUUCAUUUAAAAAAAGUGGAAAAACAAUACAUUUAAAGAAAGUUCAUUAUCAUUGUGUUAAAGUUCCCUCCCCCUCUCCACCUUCAUUGGGCGCAUUUUCUACAACGACUCAACAAGAAGCAGCUCAACAGAUUUACUUCUUUUUAAAUUUAAUAAGAGUUCAGUCGGCAAAAAUACUGUUUGAUAUUUGGCUGCAGGACGGACAAACUCCCAGCAUCUCUGAAAGUGAGUGAAGCAGAGAAAACCUUUAUUCAAGCUUUAAAGAAGUGUGGAGCAAAUCGUCUUUUAGAGAAGUGACCUCACACAAACUGUUGUCCUCUUCAUGUCUGUUAUCUCUCUGUGGAAUUAAACAUAUAUCAUAUUUGUUGGUCUUACCAAACUUGGCAUCUUAAAAAAGUUUUACAUUUUUAAAUUCUAUCCUGCCUGAAUUCUUCACAGUGCUCCUUUAAGUGAGUAAAGUAACAGUAAUUGGACAGCGGGUGAGUUUUUAGAACAUAUAAAAUCAGGUGUAUUCACAUAUGUAACUGAGGAACCAGAUGUUUAACCUCUGGACUUAAAACUGAUGUAAACAGACAUUUAAUUUGACCAGAUCAGUUUCAGCUGUCGUGUAGACUUCAGGUUCAUUUAUUAAAAGACAGCAGCUCUACAUGUUUAAACGUUCAGGUGUGGAGACUCUGGUUCAAACAUGAACCCAAAUAUGUUUCAUCUGUUACGGGUCAAAACGCUGCAGUUAGACGCACAGCUCAGGUGCUCUGAACUUAUCUGAUUUCAGCUGUUGGACAGGAUCAAAUCUUGGGGAAAAAGGAUUAUGAAAUCAGAAAAGAUCAUGUAGUCCAGUGUCAGUUUUGAUCUGGAUCAAACCUUCAGUUUUUGGGAUGCCUUUGAUCCAAAACAUCAGGAUGAUCCUGACCCCGGCAGACGGCACGACGAUCCAGGCUGGAUUUCAGGAACAAAAUAUAAUAAAAAUAAAUAUUUAAGACUUCCUGUUUUUUUUUUUCUUUUUUUUUUUUUAAAUGAUGUCCCUGUAAAAUAUCCCCCAAAUAGCUGUCAAAAUGAUUUAAAGUUAUGAUCUCAAAGACGUGUGUUUUGUUUCCUUUGGCAGCAGCUACAGUGAUCAGCAGGAAGGUGCAGAGUGUCUGUUGGCACACUGACCACUCUGUGAUGCGUCGUCUCAUUUACAGCUCUGAUUAUACAGAUCUCGUUAUCUUAUCUUUUAUGUGAUUCAAUCCAAUGUUGCUUUGAAAAACAGGUAGUAAAGUGAAAUCCUGAACAGGAAAACAUGGGAAUUCCAAACCUGGAUCAUUCGGACCCAGAUUACAUUUUUUGAGCAGCUGUGCCUGAUGAGAUGAACGAGUCAAACUUUUCACAGACUGUUUGAAACUCAGCGAUCGAUCCUGAUCAACAAAACAAUAUCUGUAACGGUGAAAUAAUAUAUAUAUGUGUGUCAUUUAGUAAAUGGGAUUUUAUUUACAAUAAAAUGGGGAAAUUAUAUCAACUUUAUUAAUCACAUAAACACAAAGCUGUGUGUGGUUUAACUCUGACUUUAUUUCUUUCUCUGACUGGCUGGUUCUGAGGAUGAUCUGUCUCAGGUCGGGACUGAUGAUCGGCUCAGGUCACAGAUUCAGUCACAGUCUUCAGAGAGGCGUCUUGUCUUUUGUUAUUCUGCUGAGUUUUUUUUUUUUGUAUAUAUUGUUUUGUUAUUGUCUUAUUAUUAUUCCAAUUGAGCUUUCUUUUAGCUCUUAAUUGUAUGGCAUUAAUACUAGGUGAGAGGGAAACAGCAUUUCAGUUCUCUGUAUGUCAUGCACAUAGCUGUAGCAGAUUGACAAUA